UUACCCUCUCCCCUCUCAGACCUAACCCUAAAUCCAUCUCUCUCUCUCUCUUCUUCUUAGAAGUUUCAUUUUCAUGUAUUACUAGUUCAGCUCCUGUUUCGGUUUACAUAAAUGGAUCAGGUCUCACGCUCUCUUCCUCCACCUUUCCUCUCAAGAGAUCUCCAUCUUCACCCACACCAUCAGUUUCAGCAUCAGCAGCAACAUAACCACGGCCACGAUAUAGACCAACACAGGAUCGGUGGACUAAAACGCGACCGAGACACUGAGAUCGAUCCAAACGAGCACUCUUCAGCUGGAAAAGAUCAAAACACUCCCGGUUCCGGCGGAGAAAGCGGCGGCGGCGGAGGAGGAGAUAAUCACAUCACGAGAAGGCCACGUGGCAGACCAGCAGGAUCCAAGAACAAACCAAAACCACCGGUCAUCAUCACGAGAGACAGCGCAAACGCUCUCAAGUCCCAUGUGAUGGAAGUAGCUAACGGAUGUGACGUCAUGGAAAGCGUCACCGUCUUUGCUCGCCGUCGCCAACGUGGUAUCUGCGUUCUGAGUGGCAACGGCGCCGUCACGAACGUUACCAUAAGACAGCCAGCUUCGGUUCCUGGUGGUGGCUCAUCCGUCGUUAACUUACACGGACGUUUCGAGAUUCUUUCUCUCUCGGGAUCUUUCCUCCCUCCUCCUGCUCCACCUGCUGCUUCCGGUCUAACGAUUUACCUAGCCGGUGGUCAAGGACAGGUCGUUGGAGGGAGCGUGGUGGGUCCACUCAUGGCUUCAGGACCUGUGGUGAUCAUGGCUGCUUCGUUUGGGAACGCUGCGUAUGAGAGGUUGCCUUUAGAGGAAGAUGAUCAGGACGAGCAGCAAACGGCUGGAGCGGUUGCUAAUAACAUCGAUGGAAACGCAGCGAUGGGUGGUGGGACGCAGACGCAGACUCAGCAGCAGCACCAGCAGCAGUUGAUGCAAGAUCCGACGUCGUUUAUACAAGGGUUGCCUCCGAAUCUUAUGAAUUCUCAACUGCCAGCAGAAGCUUAUUGGGGAACUCCGAGACCAUCUUUCUAAAUCACCAAAAACCCAAAGAAGUUAGAUAUGUUACAUCUUCUUAUUUAUAAUAUCUCUUCCGUAAAAUUUUAAUUUUAUUUUCCCCCUUUGUUUUCUAAGAGAUCAUUGUAGCCUUCGAUGAAGAGAAUCGUUUUGGUCAUUGGAAUGGUCGAUGAUAGAUCUUUUAGGUCUGAGAGGUGGGGUUGUGUGUUUACGUUGACUAGGAGAUUAUCAGUUGUUGAUUUCCACUUUUUAUGAUCUGUGUUGGUGAUAAUGAAGCUUUGCGUAUUGUUCAUUGAAA